AUGGGCUCGCUCUUUAUGAUCUCGCUCGCAUACCUCGUGACGCUUCCCGCUGCGACGACCUAUGCGUUUUGCUCGGUCAUUACGCUUGUCUGCACGAUCACGGUCAUGGGCCUCAUGCUUGGCCCCAAGUUUGCGCGUCUGAACCGCGCCGACUACAAGUCGUCCAACACGACGGGUGGCAACACAAAGCGCACCAUCUCGGUGACGUCCAACAGACCGUCGAGCCAAGUGAGUCAAAUGCCGAUGCAGUCGGUCAAGAGUCCGCGCGACACGACGACCCAAUAGAAAAAAGUUACUGUUGAGGACGACACGUGUGUAUAUAUAUAUAAAUCGGUUUAUGCAUUGUUCAUUUAAUG